GAUAAUGAUCGAAAUUAUUAGAUAAUCAAUUUGAACAUUGAUUAGUUAUUAUCAUUUAUUUUUGGAGGAGAAGGGGAGAGCAAAAUAAAUAAAUAUUAUGAGCACUGCAGCUGUAAUUGGCCGACAAUUACGGCAUCAUCAGCCAACGAAUCGUGUACCUGGUCCAGUGGUACCACCAACACAUUAUCGAGGUAGAUCAAAUAAUCUUAAUCUCAAUAAUAGUAAUAAUCAUAAUCAUAAUAAUGAUCAUCAUAAUUUGGCCAAUAAUAUUGAUUUAAUUAAUAUUAAUGUAAAUAAUUUGGAACAAGGAGCUGAUCCAGAAUCAAAAUUUGCCAAAUUUUCUCAUCAAUAUAAUCAUAGUUCAUAUGAAUAUUAUCCACAUCCAGCACAUCGUGAAAAUAAUCAAAAUCAAAAUAAAAAUCAAAAUAAAAAUGAUAAACGUAAUUUACAAAAAUUAUCAACAACCAACAACAAUGAUACUGAUGAAGAUCAAAACCAAUCGAAUGAUCAAUGGGUAUUUAGUAAACAUUGUUUUUGUGUUGCAUUCAAAGCAUUAAGUACCGGUGUUAUUCUAUUUCUAAUCGGUACUAUAAUGUCAAUUUUGGGUUUUUUUGCCGAUCGUUUAUCAAUGGAAUCAAUUCGAUUAAAUAAUGGUACAUAUAUUAUGUCGGUUAAUAAUAAUACCAAAUCACAUCUGCAUAAUAUGACUUAUGUUGGUCCAGUUAUAAUGGGUCUUGGUUUUAUUGUCAUUAUUGCUGCAUGUGUUUUAACAUUUGAAGUUCGUGAUACAUUAGGUAUAAGAGAUGAUCCAAAAAAUCGAAAAAAAUCAACCACCACAACAACAACAACAAAUCAACAACAAAGUGAUAAUAAAACCAAUAAUGAUAGUAUCGUUACAAUUAGUAAUAAUAAUAAUCAACGAAAUUAUUCAAAAAAUUUAAAGAGUGAAAAAAAAGUUAUCAGUGCGCCAAUAAUUGAAGAAACAUUGUCGAAAAAUCAAUCAAUCAAUCAUGAUCAUAACAACAACAACAACAAUGAUAAUAGGUUGUCAAUGAUAAAAACUGAUUCAAAUAUAUUGAGCUUAGCGAUCCAGAAGGUUGUUCAUCAUUAAAUCAAUCAAUUACAAAUUUUUCAUCGUCCACAACAACAUUACCGACACCAACGAAUAGAAAAUGGCGUCAACGUUG